AUGCUAACAUCUUUCAUCGCUGUAGUACGCAAUAGUCUCACCACGACUCCAAUCGCUAUCUCAUGUGCAUCAUGUCGUUUUGACCCGACUAGGUUUCACCUUCAAUUUGCAGUACCGGGUUUCGGCGAUAACUGGAUGCAUCGUGCAGGCAUGCUUUGUCGUUUGGCGUCGCCAAGUAGGGCGGCCACCAUCGCCACAAGGAAAGCGUCAUCCGGAACUAGCGCGAAUCCUCUCGCUGCCGCAGCUGCUCAGGCUCGCAAGCAGUCGACAGCUUCUAGUGUGAAGCAGGAACCGUUUAUGAAUGCCACCUCUUCUAUAUAUAUCGAACAGAUGUAUGAUGCGUGGAGAGCGGACCCAAAGUCAGUCCAUGCGUCGUGGGAUGCGUAUUUUAGGAAUGUUGAAGGCGGUGCUGCUCCUGGACAAGCCUAUCAAGCGCCACCCACUGCCUAUGGAGCGGCUGGCGUACCUGGAGUACUUCCUACUUCUGUCCCUAGUAACGUUGCUGUGGGUGGUGGAUUUAGCAUGGAUGAAGACGAGUAUUUGAAAAGAAGUGUAGUGUGUGAGGAGAAAAGUGCUCAAGUUGAGGAGCCAGCUAGAGAUGUUUCACAUUCAACAUUUGUUGAUGUGAAAGAAGAGCUAGAAGCUAGAGCACGUCACGCCAGAAAGGCUAGCUUGAACAGAACGCUUCAAACCAGACCAUUUACAUUGCGCGAAAAGUUAGGGCCCCAAAUUGCGCAGGCAGCUUUGGUUCCUUCGACUGGGCUUGAUAUGUCAACAUCGUUGCAGUCCGUUUCGGACCAUCUUAAGGUUCAACUUCUCAUCAGAAGUUAUCAGACCCGUGGACACAAUAUUGCCGAUCUCGACCCGCUCGGCAUUAAUAGUGCCGAUCUUGACGAUACUAUACCACCCGAACUCGAACUUUCAUUUUAUGGAUUUGGUGAGAGAGACUUGGACAGAGAGUUCCUUUUACCUCCAACCACAUUUAUUGGUGGAGAAAAGUCAUCGCUCACGCUUAGAGAAAUUCUUCACAGAUUAAAGCAAAUCUACUGCAAAACAACUGGUGUCGAAUAUAUGCACUUGAACAAUUUGGAACAACAGGAUUGGAUUCGUCAACGUUUUGAAGCACCUCGUGUCACAGAAUUGUCACAUGACCAAAAAAAGGUGCUGUUCAAACGAUUGAUUCGUUCCACCAAAUUUGAGGAGUUUCUUGCCAAAAAAUGGCCUAGCGAGAAGAGAUUUGGUCUAGAAGGAUGUGAAGUACUAAUCCCAGCUAUAAAGCAGGUUAUUGAUACUUCAUCCAACCUUGGGGUCGAUUCUGUGGUCAUCGGAAUGCCUCAUCGUGGUCGUCUUAACGUUUUGGCUAACGUUUGCCGUCAGCCUCUUUCUACUAUUCUAUCGCAGUUUUCUACUCUUGAACCUGCUGACGAAGGUUCUGGUGAUGUGAAAUACCAUUUGGGUGUAUGUAUCGAGCGUUUGAAUCGACAAUCACAGCGCAAGAUGAAGAUUGCUGUUGUUGCAAAUCCCUCUCAUCUCGAAGCUGUCGAUCCCGUCGUCAUGGGCAAGGUUCGCGCGGAAGCUUUCUAUGCUGGUGAUACCAAGUGUGAUCGUACGAUGGCUAUUCUGAUGCACGGAGAUGCUGCAUUCUCUGGACAAGGUGUAGUCAUGGAGACAUUCAAUCUUGAUGACCUUCCCAGCUAUACUACUCAUGGAUGUAUUCAUAUUGUGGUGAACAAUCAAGUUGGAUUCACCACUGAUCCUAGGAGUUCUCGGUCUUCACCAUAUUGUACUGAUGUUGGUCGCGUUGUUGGUUGCCCCAUCUUCCAUGUUAACGUAGAUGACCCGGAAGCUGUAAUGCAUGUCUGCAACGUAGCAGCUGAAUGGAGAAAAACCUUCAAAAAGGAUGUUAUUAUUGACUUGGUUUGCUACAGAAGACACGGGCACAAUGAACUCGACGAACCUAUGUUUACCCAACCACUUAUGUACCAGAAAAUCAAGCAGAUGCCGACAGCUCUGGAAAAGUACCAAGAACACAUUAUCAACGAGGGUGUUGCCACUGAACAAUACGUAAAGGAGGAACUCACCAAAUACGGACAGAUUCUCGAGGACGCCUAUGAAAAUGCACAGAAAGUUACCUAUGUGCGUAAUCGUGACUGGUUGGAUUCACCUUGGGAUGACUUCUUCAAGCGUCGUGAUCCUCUCAAGCUUGUGAGCACAGGGAUUGAAGAGGAUAACAUCAACCAAAUCAUAGAGAAAUUUGGCUCUUACCCAGAGGGAUUCCACCUUCAUCGUGGGUUGGAACGCAUUCUUAAGGCCCGCAAACAGAUGCUAAAAGAUAACUCGCUUGACUGGGCUUGUGGUGAAGCGCUUGCUUUUGGAUCAUUGCUCAAAGAAGGGACCCAUGUCCGACUCAGUGGUCAAGAUGUGGAGCGUGGAACCUUCUCGCACAGACAUCACGUGUUGCAUGACCAAACUAUCGAUCAGAAGAUUUACAAUCCUUUGAACGAUCUCCAAGAGGGACAGGCAGAAUACACGGUGUGCAACUCUUCUUUGUCUGAAUUUGCGGUUCUUGGAUUCGAGCUUGGUUACUCAAUGGUUGAUCCCAACUCUCUAGUUAUCUGGGAAGCACAGUUCGGUGACUUUGCGAACAAUGCGCAAUGCAUCAUCGAUCAGUUUGUGGCGUCUGGCCAGUCAAAAUGGAUCCGUCAGUCAGGAAUUGUGAUGUUGCUACCACAUGGUUAUGAAGGAAUGGGACCAGAACAUUCUUCAGCUCGUCCAGAGAGGUAUCUUCAGUUGUGCAACGAGGAUGAUCAGAUUGAUCUGGAGAAGGUAGCUUUCGGUGGCACUUUUGAGGCACAGCAGCUACACGACACCAAUUGGAUUGUCGCAAAUUGUACUACACCCGCGAAUAUUUUCCACCUUUUUAGAAGACAGGUUACAAUGCCGUUCCGCAAACCAGCAGUGGUGAUGACCCCCAAGUCCUUGUUACGUCAUCCACUUGCUCGUUCACCUGUUCAGGACUUUCUUCCAGGCACACACUUCCAGCGUGUUAUCCCUGAGGUUGGGCCUCCAUCGCAAAACGCAGCAAAUGUACAGCGAGUUGUAUUCUGUACAGGAAAGGUUUACUAUGACCUACUGAGCGCUCGAAAACAUGUUGGAAAAGAUGACGCUGUGGCAAUUUGCCGUGUUGAACAAAUUUCACCGUUCCCGUACGAUUUGAUCCAGGCCGAAUGCCAGAAGUAUCCCGCAGCAGAGAUAAUCUGGUCGCAGGAGGAACACAAAAACAUGGGGGCUUGGGGCUUCGUGCAGCCACGUUUCAACAGUCUUCUGCAGUCAGAAAAUCGUGUAAUUCGCUACACCGGCCGUCACCCAUCUGCUUCUCCUGCAACCGGAAACAAAUUUACUCAUAUUCUCGAACAAAGGGACAUGAUGAGCAGAACGUUUGACGUUCCCAAAUCAAAGCUUGAAAGUUUCAAGGCGUAG